AUGCGAUUCUAUUACCUUUUGUCUCUCUACCUUGCCUCUCCGGCCAUAGCAGCUAGCCCAAGCCUUACAAGUAAAGGCUGUGUCGAUGCAUCAGGAUUCGAAAGCUGUCAAAAUGACGCAAACAAACAAACAUCGAGCUGCAUCAGUCAGGCCAAAAAGGACAACAGCCAGAAAGAGCUUCUAGCAUGUGGUUGCCAAGACUCGGUCAACAACUACAACUGUUACGCAGCUUAUUGUUGGAACAGGGUCUGGGAAUGCGAAUACGAAGAGUACAUCAUCGCGUACAUGCAGAAUUGUCUAACCGCUAAACUCCCGGUUCCAUACUUUCCCGCCCCGAAGGAUGCCCCGGACGCAUGUUCAUGCAAUCUUGGCAAGGUUAAUAUUGCUGUCAACGACGCUAUUCAGCAGGCGGGAACAUGCUCUAACAAUGCCAAUUCUGGUGACGCGGGAACGAACCUACAGCAGAUGGAGGGAUACAGUUGCUGCGAACUCAGCGGCACUCUAUCAAGUAUCGUUGAGAUUUGCCCCGACACCGAUCCCAAACUCGUCGGCCUAUCAAACCUUGGCACGCUCGAAUCACAACUCAACGUCCAGUACACCAAUUGUGGAAAAUACAUGGAUGCAUUUGAUUGCCAAUCUGACCUCUCAUUCUCGCUUGAUGGCGUCAGCACAUUCUUGAAGCCGGAUGAUGCGCUCAAGACUGGGUCAGCCACAUUAAGUAAUGGCCCUGGAUCUGUGACGACUCCUGCGAGUGGACAUGUGUUCUCAUAUACGAAUGGUGGCGAUGGUGUUGUCUAUACUAUCACUGCUGCUAAGGAUAAAGCUGGUUCUGGUGGCAAGGGGAAGUCUGAAGCAACUCAGACUGAUUCGGACGCUACUGGUACUGCCUCAGCGGAUGGUACCAAGGAGACUAAGUCAAGCUCCAAAAGUUCAGCGACAACGUUGGCGGCAAAGGGAUAUUUGGGUUUGGUAGUGGCCCUUGUUUCAGCGUUUGCCAUGUGGUGA